GCACUUCGGCGACUCACCUUGAGGGCGGUCCGUCUGGCAAGGGGCGCGUGGUGGCCCGGCGUCGCGCCGUAGCCGCCCAUGUCGGCCUCGACGCGAAAGGGGGCCGCGUCGUCGGCUCCAUCCAUUUGGCGGACAGGGUCGCCCUCAACGACGGCGACGUCACCCGCGCCCAGAGGGUGGCUGACGCGCCGCCGCGCAUCGCGCGGCCCCCCAUCUUCGGCGGCGACGGGGGCGCACUUCAAGACGAGCUCUCGGGCGCCAGCUGCCUUCAGCGCGCGGCGGGCGCUUCCGGUUUUCGCCGGCGCCUUGGCGCGCAGGUCCGCGCCGCAGAGGCGCGCCAACCAGGAUUGCUGGUGGGCCUCGCAGGCCGAGACAGCGGCGCGUUUUUGCUCCGCGACCGCCGGCCGUUCCCCAUGGAGAAGCCCGACAUCGGCGCGGACGAG